GAAUUUAUUUUUUGUAGACUAGAUAAUGUUGUUUAUUAUAAUGUUAUUAUAAUGUAAACUCUGAUGUGCAUAGCAUAUUGACAGCAUUGGAGCAUUCCAUUGGGUAGAUCGGGCUUCAUCUUCUUUUCCACUAGAGGGUAAUAAUAGUGAAUCCUAAUUUGUUGAUAAAUGGGAUAUAUUUAUUUGUUAUCGUGUUUAGAAACAGAUAUAUUCAAGUGAUACAUGGAACAUAAGAGAAGCUGACAUGGCAUCCACAUGGCCGCCACAUAGGACUAGAGAUCAGUUGUAUCGAGAUUAGUUCUAUGUGACACAUAUUGAAUUCUUGUUUUGAUUUUGGGGAAGGAGAGGGGGGAUGAGAUCUUCCUUAUUAAAUCCCUUGAGAAAUUUAUUGAGAGGAUUUCAGCUCUCCUUACUUUUCUCUCUUUAUCUUGAUUUUUCUGUGUAUCAAUUGCUACCAGAACAGCAUUUCCUUGGCCAUGACAGCAGCUCAGGAUCCCCUGGCAGAUCUGGUGGCCUUGAAGCUGAUGGGGACAGUAGGAGAAUUUAAAGAGCAAUUGGAUCUUCUCUUUGCUUAGUGUGCUAUUAGUGGAAAAACAUAACAGUAUAGUGAAGCUCUGAUUAAAUUUGUGCUGUAUUAUGUCAGGGAGUUGACUCCCUAGGCUUAGAUUCAACUCCCUUAAAAUAAUUUGAAAAACCAAGUUUACUGUUUUUUGGAGUUGACUACAACCCCUGAAUUUGCUGUCUGAGGUGUAGUCAACUCUUACCCCUAAAUCUCUUACUAUAAAUUUUCUAAUAAGAAAAAUCUGGUUACCAGUAUCGUUUUGAUUGUUGUGCAGGAAAAGCCUGUCUCUCCAAAGUGUGACAGAAACUGUAGUUCAGGAACUUAGAAAACUCCUAUUGGUGCAUCCCAUGCUUGUAAUAGCUACCAAAGCCACCAUCCUACAGGAUAGAUAUUCAGUGAAUGAGAUAAAAUGGAUGCAGUCUUCCUUUGAUAAUUCACUAUUAAGAAGUGCAGCAAGAAAUGAUCAGCAACUUCCCUAUCGUGAGUAUAUGCCUUCCAUCUGGCAGGUAUCAUAUACAUCAGCCGCUGCUAAUUUGUUCCCUGGGGAUUUUUUUAUUGACAAAGAUUUAGCUUAUUGUGGCCCAUAGUUGUAGAUAUAACUGCUCGCAAAACUGCAUAUAGAUGAGUUUUAUUUCUAAAGGAUUUUCCUUUCCUUUCAGAUCUUGUGUAGCAUCAAUCUUGGAGAUUGUAAUACAAUUAAACAAUUGCCUAAAUGAGAAACUAAAUUUUAACUAAAUCAUUUGAGAAGAAACAAUUAUAUUGAGUUGAGUUAAUCACCUCCCUGGAAAAUUGAUCUGAGAUGUUAAGAUAUCCUAAAUCAUUUUAUUGGGGAUCCAAUAAGAGUAAAGUCUCAAAGUCAACUCAAUUUUAAAAAGAGAUAAUUGAAUGGAUAGCACCAAGUGAUUUGAGAAAACAUUUAUGCAAUCAAGAUGAUGGGGAAAAAGUCAAUCUUGUUUUUAGAAGAUAACCUAUCUUAGAAUUUCAGUCCAAGAUGCUCAUUGCUACUUUGUAGUGGGAAUUUUCUUCUUUCGUUAAAUUGAUAUGGUGCCUUUUAUUGUCAGGUUUAUUUUAAUUAAUACUUUCUUGCUAUUGCAGUCCUUUGUAACGCACAGGAUACUCUUACGAUCUACAGAUGAAGACUUCAUUGAUAGCGAGCAUCAAAAUUUCCCUGUCUAUCUAUCUGAAUGGAUGGUGCCACCCCUAAAUUCCUUGGACAAAUUCAUAGUGAAAGAUGCUGGUCUGUCUAUCAUUUCCUGAAGUUGUUUUGCAGGGUCAAGGAUAAUCUCAAUCUCAAUCUCAAGCAACUCUUUUCUUGACAUCUCGCACCAUGCCAGGUCAUAAUUAUUUCUGAAAUACACUUCUAUUCAUCAGAACAUGUAUAUGUAAGUGUUAAGAAAACUGUUUUACAG